GACGAUCUGGUCGCUUUCCGUUACCUUAACGCCAAAAACGUCAUUCAACGCACUCUCUUCUCACAGCGAUAGGUAAACGACCCGGACCCGUCUUCUUACGCUUCUCCGGCAGUGUUCGUCCCCUUCUGGUCCACUUGAGCAGACUCGCCAUGAGUACCAAGGACUCGGAGCUGCCCUCUCGCUUCGACGACGCGCUGGCGCCUCUCCCAUGGAUAACACUCGGUAGGUAAUCGACGACACGGAUGCAGGCACUGCGAGAGCCAGCGAUGUAGGUAUCUCGAUGCUGCUGCUUGUGUGCGCAUGUGAUACUCGAAUGGGUCAAUCAUCACCUCACCUCCCCGACAGACGGCAAGGUGAGGUGGGCCAGAUCCAUCUCUCGGCAGACGGCAAGGCGACGCUGCAUGGGGUUGUGUACUGGUUGGUGUGUUCUCUGCAGGUGCCUUUGUACCUGAAGUUCUACGUAGAUGCCGACUCGUGCACAUACGCCCUGCUGGUAGGUAGGUAGGCCUGGUGGGCCUGCCAGGCCGACUGACUGACUCAUGGGCCCAUGGGCUUAUUCUUCAUUGGUCGGUCUGUCCAUGCAUCGCAUCUGCAGGUGACGCAGGGCACGUAUCUGUUCGGCUGCAAGGCCGACAAGGCCACCAUACAAAGCAAAACGGUAGGAGGUGCACUGCACGACAAGAGGUGUGAGGGGCGGGGCGCACCCCACAUGUGUGUUUGGAUGGUGUUGGUUGUGUGUUUGUGUGACUGUGCAGGGCAUGAGUGGCUACCCCGGUUUGGGGGCUGACGUGAUGCUGCAGCAGCUGUCCCUGCUGAUGGCCGACAAGCAGCCGCGCACCCAGUGCAGCUGCAAGUCCUUCCCCCCCAUGGUCCACACACACACGUCCCCAUCGCUGCUGGAUCUCGAGUUCAAGUGCUUCCCCGGAGGCGGCGACACUUCGCUCGUCUGGACCUUCACCCUCACCCCACUCGAUGCCAAGCGCUCCAUGAAGAUCCUGACGGCCACACUCAUCAAGCCCUUCUGGUCGGCCUACCUCUACCCACACCUACCACCCAGCACCAGCGCCCACCCUGCUGGCGAGGAUGCCCCCUUCUCCACCGACCCAGCCAAGGUGGCCCGUUCCAAGUUCACUGCCCAUGUGAAUGAGGUCCGCGCCGCCUCCCACACACACACACGAGGAGACGACGCCGACGUCUUCAGGGAGCACGUGGUGGACGCCGCCCAGCGACCCCUCAAGCCAGGCAUUCUCAGCGAGACCUAUCGCAUCGAGUCGCCCUUCCCCAAGGCGUGUGUGCCCACGGCCGCCGCGAGCAACCGCUACACGGCCUUCGUGCAGCAGGUGUGGCAGCCGGCGGAUGCCAUGGUGGACAGCGACGUUGGUGAGCACCAGGCGUCGGUGGGCAUCAAGAUCGAGGAGGGUGAGGAGGGGGUGGGUGUGGGUGGUGAAGGUGUGGCAGCGGCAGCGGCAGCGGCGAGCAGCUCGACGGAGCCUGUGCAUCAGGCGCCCGAGGAUCCCGAGGUGCCGCGUGAGCCGGAUGAGCCGGACGAGGAGUACACCCGCCGCGUGCAGCAGCACAGGAAGCGCAAGCUCGACCAAGCCGCGGCCGUAGCAGAGAACAAGAAACCGAAGAAGAAGAACAUUCCUUUGCACUAAGCUUUGCAUGUUGUGACGGCUUGUAUGCAGCCGAGCCGACGCAUGUGUUUGCUUGUACAGCGCUGUGUGUGUGCGUGUGGAUCCAGUGUACUCCACC